AGGAAAGAGUAGCAUACUGAAGAAGUGCGUACUCUUCGCGAAAGUGGGAACCACAAAACUGAACAAAAGCAACCACCAAAAGACAAAACCUCCUCUUCUGCUACCUCGGGAAAUCGCAGCGCAACCUCUCUCUCUCUCGAAAAGGAUACUGCUGGUAAUGGGAGGCUGCUGUUGUUCGACUCGUAAAGCUCAUCUGAAUGGGGCACCUGUAUAUUAUUAUUAUCCUCCAUCUUUGGAAGAGCAUGAGUCCCUCACAUCGCAUGAUGCUACUGCUGCUGCCAUCACAUCAGGAUUUUUAGUCGAUUUGCAGUUAGAGGCAUCAAUACCCGAUAAUUUUCGUCCUCCACCGCUGCCUUUACCCUAUGACGCAGUGUUGAGAUCACUACCAAUAGGCACUGACUCUGUUAGAGAAUCAGUUUGCCUAGACCACAUGGAGCCAGACUAUAAAGCUCAGUCAACUGCUCUGUUAGGCUCUCCAAAAGCAAUUGAAGUUUCUAAAUCAAAUGACGUCGAUGUUUCGGUAGCAGAUGAGGAGGAUGUUUGUCCUAUUUGUCUUGAAGGGUACAAUGAGGGUAACCCAAGAUUCAUCACAAAUUGUGAACACCAUUUUCACCUCUCGUGCAUCCUGGAGUGGAUGGAAAGAAGUGACAUCUGUCCCAUCUGUGAUAAGAUCAUGGAAUUCAACAAUUCCUUCGAUUUGUAGCUCUUCUUGCAAGCUGAAGUCAUGCGUGCGUUCGAUGGAGGUGGUUGACCUUGCAUUGCCAUGGCCAAUUUUCCCGUUUUCAAUGUUUCUGUUGACGGUGGCUUCUUGUACAUAAUCCAUCUGGUUUAGCUGUUUGAAGAGUGCAGGUUAUACAUGAAAUUCAGGGGUGCUAAAGAAAAAGCUCGAUUUCCGUUCUCUCAAUUCUUUGCUAUAACUCCGGUCUCCGGCCUCGAAUGGAUCUGCAUCUGUGAUUUUGCCCGAAUUUUUUUAUUGAGGCGAAUAAUAAUCCCCGAGGAAAAGGGGAUCCGGAAUUUGCCGGUUCAGCUGUUUUCAUUGUCCUUCAGCAAGAUUCAUCUUGUACAGAGUCUCUGUUUCUUUUGCUUCUGUUUCGACUCCUGAAGGUAUCUAAGCUACUUAUAUGAUGGCUCUUUCUUAACAUUUUUCCUGGGGUGUCAGAGACAUUUGUAAUGUUUCUGACGAAUUGGGGGUUGUAAUGCCUGUAUGGGGAGACAAGGAUCUGCGGAGAAAAAGCAUGUGAAAUGUUCG